CAAAAGACGACAUGCAGUGUAUGAAGUGGAAGUGGAACCGAAAAGCAGCAGUUCAGAACGAAGAUUUGCAAAUGACUUAAAUUUGCACAAAAACGCGAUAAAUUCUUAAUUAAACUAAUCGGAAACGCAACGCUGGCGUAUUAACACAUAGAAAUAACUAAAUUUUAUAAAAUAUUCAAAAAUUAAACGACGCGAAAACGAACGAAACCAAAGUGCUGCACAUGAAUUAGUGAAAAUGUAAUUUCUCUGCUGCACGACUACGAAAAAGAAGACUACGACGACGACGACGAAGCAAAAAAUAAAAAGAAAGGCAAUGAUAAAAAUAAGAAUCUGUGACAGGCACUGGUGUAAAUAACCAAUUCCUUUAGGAAAUUGGUAAAAACUACAUUAACGAAAACGAAUUUUGUGCCCCAAACAGGAGCGCACAAUUUGUUGCAAACGAGUAAUAUUCAAUUUAUGUAUAUAUAUUGCGUACAUAUAAAGGGUAGGAAAGGAGAAUAGCACUAAAACAAUACGACAUAGUCGACGAAGAAGUAUAAGCACAAAACGGAGUUGUGGAUAAAAGAUAUUACUGCUGGCCAGACGAAAGGCGAUUUUUUAUUUAUACAAAAUCGAAACUAUUUUGAAACAUACAAACGGUUGUGUGGAUUAGGGAACAACACGUAUACGUGUGGAGUAGACUGACUGCGUAAACUCCAGCAGUCGUUCGAGCUUUACGCUACGCAUAUUGUGGUGCUACUAACGAAUGGCUCAUAAACGGAUGCACCGAAGACCUGCUGCUGCACACACACUGUCGUCUGGCGCUAGAGGACAAUAGACAACCUCUAACUUUUCGACAGCACUUUUUGUUAUUAUUUUUUUUCAUUUUGGAAAGCACCUGUUAAUCACUUAUAUGCCUGCACACUGUUUAACCAAUAACGAUCACUCGCCGCCUGAAACCAAACCAAUGCUCGCUAUCAACGAGGAGCAACAACGCAAUCACAGCGAUGGCAAUGGUGAGGUGCAUGCCAAUGGCAAUGCCAACAUCACCAAUCCACAACAGCAACAGCAACAACGUCAACAAACUGCCGGCAGCAAUAACAACAGCGGCAGUGCACACGAAACAACACAGUUACCACCAUUACCAGACGGGCCACUGUGGUCAGUGCUCUACGAUUACGAUGCCAAAGGCGAGGAUGAGUUGACACUGCGUCGUGGUCAAAUUGUAGUGGUGCUCUCCAUGGACAGCAAUAUAUCGGGCGAUGAGGGCUGGUGGACGGGCAAAAUUGGUGAUAAGGUCGGCAUAUUUCCCAGCAAUUUUGUGACAGACCAAGAUCCUAUGCUGCCGGACGUGCCCUCCGCCAUUGGCGACAUACAACCGCACGAAAUCGACUACGCCGAACUCGAGGUUGGCGAAGUGAUAGGCGCUGGCGGCUUUUGCAAGGUGCACCGUGGCUACUACAGCGGCGAAGAGGUUGCCAUUAAAGUGGCGCCACAGGCGGGUGCCGAUGUCGAAUCGAAUCGCGACAAUGUGCUGCAAGAGGCGAAGCUAUUUUGGGUCGUGAAGCACGAAAACAUAGUGGCAUUGCGUGGCGUCUGCCUGAAGCCGCCCGAUCUGUGCCUGGUGAUGGAGUAUGCGCGCGGCGGCAGUUUGAAUCACAUAUUGGCACGUGGCAAGAUUCCGCCCGAUGUGCUGGUCAACUGGGCGAUACAGAUAGCACGUGGCAUGAACUACCUACACAACGAAGCGCCCAUUUCGAUUAUACACCGCGAUCUAAAGAGUUCCAAUGUGCUCAUUUUGGAGGAAAUCAUUGCUGGCAAUCUGCACAAUAAAACGCUGAAGAUCACCGAUUUCGGUUUGGCGCGAGAGCUUUACAACACAACACGCAUAUCAACGGCGGGCACUUAUGCUUGGAUGCCGCCGGAAGUGAUAAAGAGCAGCACGUACUCCAAAUCAUCAGAUGUUUGGAGCUACGGUGUGCUGCUGUGGGAGCUCAUCACAGGCGAGACGCCAUACAAAGGUUUCGAUUCGUAUUCAGUCGUAUUUGGCAUUGCAGUGAAUAUGCUGACGCUGCCCAUACCGAAAACUUGCCCGGAUGCAUGGGGAAAACUCAUGAAAAGCUGCUGGGAGAAUGAUCCACACAAGCGCCCGGGUUUCAGGGACAUACUAACGAAGCUGGAGGACAUUGCACGUUCAGGUUUCACGCUGACGCCACAGGAGUCGUUCAACACGAUGCAAGAUGCCUGGAAAAAGGAGAUCGCCGAGGUGCUACAAGAGUUGCGCUUAAAAGAAAAGCGUUUCCAAGCAAUCGAAGAGGAAUUGCGCACCAAAGAGGAACGCUUGAAUCGUGUUCAGAGCGAACAGGACGAACAGGCCAUUAAUCUGAAACGCUUCGCCGAGCAAUUGAAACUGCGCGAGAUGGCUUUAAUUGGGCGUGAGCUGCAGAUAGCACAACAAACGCCCACACCGAAUCGUAGGCGUGGCAAGUUCAGCAAAGUGAAACUCAAACUUCUUAAGAAGAAUGAAGUGCAAAUUUCACUACCAACGGACUUCCGGCACACAGUGACGGCGAUACACGAUAAACCAUUGACUGAUACACCGCCGGGCUCACCAGCGAUUUCCCAAGUGCGCAUUGUGGCACUGACGCCACCACAACUGCCGCCCGACGGUUACAAAGGCAAGACUUGGGGUCCUUCGACUGUGCAUCAGCGCGAGCGUCCCCACUUGCCGGCGCUGCUUGCCACCGAAUGGUCCGGCCCGGCCUCAACCAACUCGCUGUUCAGCAAGAGCGCACCGAAUCUGGACAAGAAGGCUGUGCGGCCGACGCAACUGCACUAUAUGCACCACAGCCAGCUGCCGCACCAUGCACUGCGUCAGCAUUCGCCGUUGCAUCACCGCCACCAACAUUUGCCGCUGCAUCAUUCGCAUGCCCAUCACUUCGAGUAUAAAUUCGGUUCGAUGCCGUGCUCACCAACGACGCCGACCUAUGCCUCUGACGCCUGUAUCGGCUACAAUGAGUCAGGUAUUUGUAUUAUAGGGAAUUACAACAAGAAUAGCAACAACAGCAAUAACAAUAGUUGCAAUACAACACCAACGCAAACACCAACAACAGCGUUAACAGCGACGGACAAUAUGCCCAACACGUCGCCCUGCGCGAUCACAUGCAAUUCAUCAUCGCUGGUGACGUUCCCAUUACUCAAUAAUACAAACGACCACCAUCCACUGCAUGCCACUUCAAUCAUAAAUAUUAAUAAUACUAGUAGUAACCAUAAUCAUCAGCAUCAGCUUCAGCAUCAACAACAACAACACCAACAUCAUAGCAAUAGUAAUUCGAGUAAUAACAGCAACAAUAGCGGCACUUUUGCCGCCAAUAACUUCAUACUUGACCCGACCAUUUAUAGUAAAAACAAGAACAGCUAUAAUCAUAGUAAUAGCUAUAGUAGUAGUAAUACAAGUACUAGUACACUGAUCCAAAAUAAUAGCCAUAAUAACUUUAGAAAUAACGGUAAUAACAAUAACAAUAACCAUAAUAACAAUAAUAACGGUAGCAGAAAGAAUUCUGGCAGCAGCGCUAUUGGUGUGAAAAGUCUCAGUUUGUGUAGCAAUAAGAAAUUGAAGGCGCAACAACUACGUCGACUGCAACAGCAGCAACAACAACAACUGAAGUUAUGUCAGCCGAGUCUCCAGCCAAUGCCGCCCAUGGUACGCAGCCAAGAGGAUGGACUGAAUUUGCCGGCGCGCUAUCCCUGCUCACCCCUGACACUGUUGCAAUAUCAGUUUGUGCCAGCGCCCGACUACCCUUCGUCGGAUCAAAGUGACACCGACACCGAGCCACCCACGCCCACCGUCAGUUGUUUUCCAUUCCGCAAGGUGUCGCCGGUGGCGCAACAGCCGCCGUUGCCCCCAUACGCCUACCACGACCGCAGUCCACUUUCCGAGCACGCCAUCAGCGGCUUCAGCAGCCUGGGCAACAGCCCAGCGGUCGGCCGGAAAAAGCUUUCUCUCGACAGCGAACUGCUGGCGAUCGAGCGCCAACAGAAACACGUACAGCGGCAAGCCAAGAUGUUGCCCAUCGUUAUGUUGCUGUCGGAUUUGGAUAAACACGCGCCGCCAUCCAUACACAGCGCUAGCGCUACCAACAGUGCGACCAAUCUGAUUAACGAGCCGAACGAUCCGACGUACGAUCGUGCCUUCUAUCGCGAUAUACAGAAAUCCCUGGAGGAAAUAUUCUCGAUGCCCGCGCCGGCAGGCCGUUUCGGCAGCCAGCGCUCUGAACGACUUAAUUCGAAGUCCAGCGGCGAUUUGACCAAAUACAACUCGACGUCGCAACUCACCGAGGAUGCUGCCGACGAAGAGUCCACAUACCGUUUCCAGCGCAACGCCUCUGGUUCGCAAUUCCCGCGACAGUGUUUCUUUCGGCAACCGUCUAAUGCCGGCGAGGCUGUGGACGACGACGCGAGCACCAACGCAUCACAAAACGCUUCAUUUCGUUCAUUUUCGGGCGAUGAACAUUUCAAUUCGAUAUGCUCCGACCAGUCCUCGUCCAUCGACACGACCAACUCCACACAGACAUCGCGGAAAUCGUCGGUCACCUUCCAGCUAAACUCCUCCGCCUCGCAAACGAACUCGUGCGCUUCAAACGAUGAGCACGCGAACAGCACCAGUGCCAGCGCCAAUCAGUCAUACAGUUUUUCCACAACCUUCAACUCCACCGGCACAGACACUGCCGAGCAGUUCGUCAACAGCGGCGGCAGCGCAACGCAACAGACAUCGACACACGCAGGCCAAGCUACGUCAAAGAACGCCGUGCCGAAGGGCGCACUGCUGCACGACCUGAAGCUGCAGGAUGUACAGCCGGCGCCAGAAGUUUUACGCAUGAAGCAAAGUCUGCUGCUGGCGGAGGAAGCCAAGGCGCGCAAGCAUAAAAUGAACACGAAGAAAGCGAGCGGCAAAGCGAAAGACUCCGGCGCGACGACGGCGACAGCGUCGGUGUCGUUCCAACACAAAGUGCAAAACAUACUGAACUACUUCACGAUACGCAAGAAGAAGUCAGAAAGUGAAUACAAAUUAUUCGAGAACGCCAACUCGGAGUUCGUGCACGAAACGCGCGUCAAAGCGAAGGCGAAAGCGAAGUCAUGUGAGCAACUGUAGUGCGUGCGCACAGUGGCGCUCAAAGUUUAAGUGCCGAAAGUGAGGUUAGGAAAUACUAAGACUAAGAGUACUCUUAGAAGAACUUAAGACUAAGAGUACUGUUAAUUUUAUAAAGUAGCUCGAAAGCGGUCUAAUGAGGCGAAGGCAAACACAUAUUUGAAAAAGUGCGGCGAAAUGGACUAACUAAAGAGAUGUGCGGAAAUCGCGUCAAAAAGUUGUAACGCAAAAUUCAAAGUAAAUCUAAUUUCGAUUUAACGCGUAAUAUUUUAGUGAACGACCCGCAGUUGUCUAGGUGCUUAGCGGUAUUAUUGAGCUUGGAACAAAAUCGUAUUUGAGACUUUUUUACUGGACUCGAGCUCGUGUCAGCCAGUGGAUGUGCAUUUUUAUGCAUUUAUUUUUAACGCCGCAUAUUAUACUCACCACACACACCAUGAGGUGUGGUGAAUUGCGAAAAAUCGGUGGAGUGCCGUUAACCGGCGAAUGCGCAAAUUUCGGCGAAUGGCAAAUUGCUGCACUAAUGCAAAGUAUAUUAAAUACAAAAACAAAAACAACAAAUUGUACGCAAUUAAGUUAGCAUUUAACGAAAGAAAAGAUAAAACGCAGAAAAAAACUAGUUUUAAGCCUAAAGUAUAAGACUUUAUGUGCCUCUAAGCAGAAAUAGUUAAAAACGAACGCACCCGAAAACAAAAUCAAAACAAAUAUAAACCGUACGCGUAUUCCUUGAGCUUUUCAUACACACAGCUUUGGUGCGGAGUACGUCGUCACAUUUUCACCGUUAUUUUCAACACCGUUGGCGCUGCAAUGUUUUGCAUAAUUUUUAAGUUAAAGAAAAAUGUUAUUUUAUUUGAUUUCAUAAAGUGUAUGAGAGUCCUACAUAUUUAUUUGUAUACCGUAAAUGUUUUUUUUUUAUUGCUAUCUAUUAUGCUAAACAACUAUUAUUUCGUUGUAAUUUUAUUUAGAAAUUUUUUCAAUAUUAAAUUUUUUUUAUUUGAUUUUGAAUUUUUCGCUCUUUGUUGGAAAAACUGUGAUCACAAACUGAAACAAAGUAAACAAAAAAAAACUAUUUUAAAGCUGUGCAAAUUGUCCCCUUUUAUUAUUGUAUAAUUUAUUACGCACCCAAAAUGACUUUUUGUUUUUGUAAUUCUUUUGUAAUUUUAUGAGAGUGCCAAUACGCAAUAGGCGACAUCACGUGGCUGACAAUCAAAAGAUACAUUUUGAUUUUUGUUUUUGUAAAAAAAAGUAGUUAUUUUAUCAAAAUAUUGGCGUCAAUUGGGUAUUAUUUACAAAAAAAUUAUAUAAAAAAUUAACAUAAUUUAUUUAUGUCUCGAAAAGAAAAGAGAAACACAAUAUGCGCUACCUGGCGGGCGAAAUAAGAAAUUAAAUUAUGUAAAAAGUAUGCAGCGAGUACGCCAGGGGCCCACAAAUCAUCGCGAAGAAUUGUGAGUCGCUGGCAUUUUAAGGUCUAUAGAGUGGUCGGCAGUAGCGAAGCAAUAAUUUUUACUAAAAUAAUAAAUUAUUUUUUGUUUAAUAAAAAUGUACGAAUAAUUUUAACUUAAAUUUUUUUUAAAUAUUUUUUUUUCAAAUAUUGUUUUCUAAAUUUUUUAUUUAAAAAAUAUUUUUUUAUUUUUUUUUUUUAAUAAUUUUAAUAAAUUUAUUUUAAAUAUUUUUUUAUUAAAAAAAACAAUUUUUUUUUCUAAAAUUUAUCAGCCAACGCUACGCCUGCAGACCACGCCCUUUGUUUAUUUAAGAAAAAAAUUAUGUUUUUAUUGUAAUUUUGUGUUUAGCUUUAAUUUUAUUUUAUUUCAAAUUUGUCAAAUUUUAUUCAGUCUUUUAGAGUCGCUCAAAUUCCCUAAAUUUUUCAGCACUAAAAAUGUUUUUCAACUUUUGCUUUUCUACAGUGUGUUCCAUAAGUAAUGUCAACAUUUUUUACAACAACAACUACCACUACAUUUAGAAUGUAAUUAAUUUUUACACUAUUUUACGAGAAUUCUCUAACUAAAAUUUAAGCUACGAUAAAUAUUCCAUUUUAUAAAGCAAAAUUAGUAGUGAAAACACAAAAAAAAUUACCUUAAUCCCUCGAAAAUUUCUACAAAAAAUACAAAAAACAUAAAAACACUAAAAUAAAUUAUACAAAAAAACGUCAAGCAAUAAAUAAUUUGUAUUCUAGUUUUAUUUACAAUUAA